AUACCGGACCUGCCAUGGGAAAACCCAGACCUCAGAAGAAAAAAAUCGUCGAAAUCCCGCUCCAAAACCGUCCUCGGCCCCGGUGGCUCAGUCUCGAAACAGAAAAUGGCCCAAGAACCCUCUCUUCUCCUUGACCAGGCUACAAUCCUCCUCCAGACCGGUCAAGUGGAAGCUGCGCUUGGGAAUGCACAACAGGCGCUGGAAUUAUCGCCGGAAGGCAACGCACAACUCCCCGCAUUGAACCUGCUGGGUGAGAUCAACGUCGAAUUGGGCGAAAUCGAUACUGCUAGGGAAUAUUUUCUGCGUGCCGUGGAUUUAGAUCCAAAUGGCUCAAUAGCGGAACCUGAGGGCGGGGGCGCAGAGAAGUUUUUAUGGCUCGCUCAAUUGAGUGACAAAGGUGGUAUGGACAGUGUGCAAUGGUUCGAAAAGGGUGUUGCUUCUUUGCGUCAGACUCUGGAGUCUCUGGAAGGAAGAAACAGCCCUGAAGAUGCCGAGAAGAUCGAAGAGAAGAAGGUCAAAUUGUCAAAUGCGCUGUGUGCAGUGGCGGAGAUCUAUAUGACCGAUCUUUCUUGGGAGGAAGACGCAGAAUCACGGUGCGAUUCCCUAAUCACAGAAGCUAUCGCAGCCACGCCCGAGGCACCGGAAGUCUUGCAAACGCUUGCAUCUAUCCGAAUCUCACAACUGCGAACCGAGGAUGCCCAGGCGGCAUUGAAGAAGAGCAUUACUCUGUGGAAAGACCUCGCACCGGAAGACCCCAAGGUUCCCGAUUUCGCCGUGCGGAUUAGUCUUGCCAGACUUCUGAUGGAGGUGUCUCUAGAGUUUGAGGCUCUGGAGGUUCUUGAACGACUUAUCCUGGAGGAUGAUCAGAGUGUGGAAGCUUGGUACCUCGGCGGCUGGUGCUUGUAUCUCUUGGCUGAAAAGCAGCAAGCACCCAAGGAUCUCCAAGAAGAUGACCCCAACGAUACCCCACGACAUGCAUCUUUAGUUGCCAGCCGUGAGUGGCUCAAAUCGAGCCUGUCGCUCUACGAAGUACUACAGUAUGAGGAUGAGCGCCUCCGGGACCAUGCAUUGGAACUAGUCCAGGCCAUGAACGAAGAGAUCGGUGAAGACAUGGACGAUGAAGAGGAAGGUGAAGGCGAAGGCGAGGAUGAAGUGUUGGAAAUAGACGCAGACUCAGAUGACGACCAUGAGAUGGCGGAUUCAUAG